UGUGUGCAGGCGGUGUGUGUGCGCCACUUUCCGGGCUUGCAGGACGGACUCCCAGGCGGAGCUGGACCUGGUGUGCUCCAUUGCAAAGGAUUGUGGGGCGGCGGCGGCGGUGCCCUGCCACCAUUGGUCACGUGGGGGGCGGGGCUCUCUGGAGCUGGCCAAUGCGGUGAAGGACGCUGCCACACAACAGAGCUCUUUCCGCUUCCUCUACGACCUGCAGAUGCCCAUCGAGGAGAAGAUCCGGGUCAUUGCCCAGAGGGUGUACGGGGCCGACGAUGUGGAACUGACCCCCAAAGCCCGCGCCCAGGUGGACUACUACACCCAACAGGGUUAUGGCUCACUGCCCAUCUGCAUGGCUAAGACGCACCUGUCGCUGUCCCACAUGCCGGAGAGGAAGGGCGUGCCCACUGGAUUCACUCUGCCAAUCACAGACGUCCGUGCCAGCAUCGGGGCGGGCUUUAUCUACCCUCUAGUGGGAACG